CAUGGAAACAGAGAACAUUCCUUUGAGAGAAAGAAAGAGAGGAUGGAAGAGCAAGUAGAGAAAGUAGCAAAGGCAUUUGUAGAGCAUUACUACAAUAUCUUUGAUACCAAUCGAUCUUUUCUUUCCUCUCUAUACCAACCAUCUUCAAUCCUAACAUUCGAAGGCCAAAACAUACAUGGUGUUGAUGAAAUCGCACGUAAGCUCACCCAGUUACCCUUCGAUCAAUGCAAGCAUCUAAUCACCACCGUCGAUUGCCAGCCUUCUCCUUUUGACGGUGGCAUCCUUGUCUUUGUUUGUGGUUCCGUGCAUUUACUAGGCGAAGAGCAUCAGCUCAGGUUUAGCCAGAUGUUUCACUUGAUUCCCACUCUCCAAGGCAGCUUCUUUGUUCAAAAUGACAUAUUUCGCCUCAACUAUGGUUGAAUUUUCGAUCCUGUCCACAAUCUCGCACGUGUGAACAGAUGGCUUGUUGUUGUAACUUUGUUGUGUCCCUUUGUAUUUUGGUGAUUGAAAAUAAAAAGCGUUAGCUUUUGGGUUUGUUAA